AUGCCUGCCUUCCUCAAGAACAUCAAGAACAAGCUCAAGGCUAUCUUCAAGAAGAAGAAGACUGCCGAGGAGAACCCCGAAGGUGCUGCUGCUCCUGCUGAGAACACUCCUGCCGCCGACAAGCCCGCUGAGCAGGCUCAGACCGAAGGUGGUGUUUCCGCCGCUCCCCCGACCCUUGAGGUGACGGAGUCCCCGGCUGGCGAGGCAAAGCCUGAGACGGAAGCUCAUGCGGAAGCCGCUGCCGGUGCAUCUGAUGCCGCUGCUAAGCCCGCCGAGACUGCUGGAGACGCAGCUGACAAAGAAACCAAAUAA